GUGCAUAUGAACAUGAUGCAUUCAGAGGAGGGAGAGGAGGGAGCGAACGCGGCCAUCUUCAGCGAAGCAUUCUAUCAGAUAUCACUGGUUCUCGCCGGCUCCCUCGCCAUCCGCUCACAAAUCUGGGCCAGCGCGCAGAGAGGUGUGAGCCUGAAAAACAGCGAGUUGGAGCUAGCUGCCCUCUAUCGAAUCCUCGGUGGACUGUGCGAUGCCGUGGUCAUGCUGGAUGAUUCGCUUCAACUCACAGAGGACUCUGCUGCUUUGUCGACCUUGUUCCUGCGUGGGUGUGCCUCCUCGACAGAUCUCGCCGGCAACGACUUCGUGUCCUAUUUUCGCGACCAGGAUCGAGACCAUGUGCGCCAACGGCUGUCUUCUGCGACGACAUAUGCCGGACAGCCUGCUUUGGCGCUGAACGCGAGCUUGCAAGAUUCCGUGGGAAACU